AUGUCCACAGGUCAGAUCAACACCCUGCUUGACCUCUGGGCAGCAACACUUAUCAAACAUCAGGACAGUCCUCCAUUCACUGGCCACUGGGACCUAUAUGAAACCAUUGAUUCGACUCCUCUUGGCAAUGUUACUUGGGAGACUUUCUCAAUGUCCUACAAUGGAGAAAAACCGGCCAAUAAUGUUCCACCACAGAUGGCUGCCAAGUACAACAUGUGGUUCUGUGAUCCACAUCUACUUGUUCACCACAUGCUUUCAAACCCUGACUUCACCAUGGAAAUCAAAUAUGUCCCAUAUCAGGACUAUACUAAUGAGGAUAAAUGCUGUUAUAAGAACUUUUUCUCAGAGGAUCCGGAAACCCACGGAUCAGCAUUUGUGCCUCCAAUUGUUGGGAGCAACAAGACUACAGUCUCAGUGGCCACAGGACACACUGAGUACCAUCCACUCUAUCUCUCAAUUGGAAACAUUUUCAAUGGAGUUCAACGCACACAUCACAAUGGUGUGGUGCUGGUAGGCUUGGCUAUUCCGAAAAGCACAAAGGAACAUCUUGAAGACAAAGACUUUUGCAAUUUACACUGUCAAAUAUUUCACUCCUCACUCACCAAGAUAUUUGAUUCUGUGAAGCCAAAUAUGACAAUCCCCAAUGUUGUGCACUGUCCUGACAGCCAUUAUUGGCAUGUCAUAUAUGGGUUAGGCCUGUACAUCGCCAAUUAUCCAGAGCAGCUGGUGCUUUUAGGAGUUGUUCAGAAUUGGUGUCCAAAGUGUUUGAAUCAUCGCAGGAAUCUCAAAGGUGAUGGGCCAUCUUUGCUCUGGUGCAGAGAACACACCAACCUCCUCAUUCAAGAGCUCAAGCAUGCCAACCUCUGGUAUGACUAUGGUAUCAUCCAAGAGGUUAUGCCUUUCAUAAAUGACUUUCCUCAAGUGGAUAUCCACGAACUACUCUUGCCAGACCUCCUGCACCAAAUCAUCAAAGGGACGUUCAAGGAUCACCUUGUUGACUGGGUGGAGGAUUACCUGUACUCCAACAGGAUAGCAGCAGUCGCCCCUUUUGCUGCAAGACAGCACAGUUUCAAGCAGUGGACAGGUGAUGAUUCCAAGGCUCUGAUGAAGGUCUAUCUGCCUGCCAUCAAAGGCCAUGUUCCUCAAGAUGUAGUUCACACAUUUAGUGCAUUCCUCGACUUCUGCUAUAUAGUCCGGCAAGACAUGAUCACAGAGGAUGACCUCAUCCAGCUUCAAGAUGUGCUCGAUUGGUUUCACCAGUACCACAAAAUAUUCAAGACAAUGGGAGUUGUACUGGGCUUCUCAUUUCUGCGUCAACACUCCCUAAACCACUAUUCCCUCAUGAUCCGGCUCUAUGGUGCCCUGAACAGCCUUUGUUCAUCAAUAACAGAGUCGAAGCACAUCAAGGCUGUUAAGGAGCCCUGGCAUCACUCCAACAGAUACAAAGCAUUAGGCCAGAUGCUCCUCACAAAUCAACACCUCAAUAAAAUCGCUGCAGCACAAAGCGACUUUGACGCUUGUGGUAAUCACAAGUCACUGGAUGACUACGAUGAUGGUGACAACAACAAUGACAAUGAAAAUGAUGAUGCACCCCAAGCACAUCUGAACCAUCUGUGUGUCAAUGAACUGCAAAACCAGACUGCCGAGGGAGAUGCAGCCAAUGUCAUCGAUGGACCUACCGUCCAAGCUCAUGUGGAACUUGCAGUGAUGCCCAUGUUGGGUGGUGCACAUGAUGUCUCUGCACUCAUGCAUGACCUCAAGCUUCCAAACUUCCCUACAAUGAUCCAACAAUUUCUCCACAACCAACUUCAUAUCACAGACCAUGAGCCCCCCAAGUUCGACCCUGCAACAGCACCAGCUUUCAUGGGCAGGGUUUUUGUUUUUAGCUCAGCAGCAGCAUCAUUCUAUGCCCCCAGUGAUCUCAGUGGCACUGGGGGCAUGCAGCGCAAGCAUAUUCAGGCAACAACUUCAUGGCAAGGGGGUCCUGCUCGAAAUGACUGCAUCUUUGUCAGUAUGAAUGACAAGGUCAAUUGUGGCUUGGAUGGACUUGCCAUUGUGAGAGUAUUGCACUUUCUCGUUGUUCACUGGUUCGCAUACAUCACAGACAGUUGGGAUCCUGACACUGGAAUGUACCUCAUCACAUCAUCAAGCCAUGAUGAUGGCACACCAGAUAUUUCGAUCAUCCAUAUUGAUUGUAUUUUCUGUGCAGCUCAUCUUAUCCCUCUCUAUGGUGCCAAUUUCCUGCCUCAUGAAAUUGGCCCUCAUGACAGCUACAACAUGUUUCAUGCCUUCUAUGUCAACAAGUAUGCUGACCAUCAUGCAUUUGAAGUAGCGUGA